AUGGCUCUGGAGCGGGACUAUGAGGUGCUGAAGCAGCUCGGGGAGGGCGCUUUCGGCAAGGUCUACAAGGCGCAGCACCGCGGCACCGGCGACGUCGUGGCCGUGAAGCAGAUCAAGCUCGGCUCCAGGUCCUGGGAUGAGGCGCUGAAGUCCAUGGAGCUGCAGGCCCUCAAGGCCCUGCGCCACCCGUUCAUAGUGCGCCUGCGGGAGCUGAUGCGGAGUCCCCAGGACGGCAGCCUGUACUACGUCUUCGAGUUCCUGGGCAGCGACCUCUUCCGCCACAUCCGCGAGCACCCCAACGGCCUCGAGGAGCCACGCGCGGCCGAGCUCAGCCGACAGCUGCUCUCGGCCCUCGGGCACAUGCACCAGCUCGGCUUCUUCCACCGCGACGUCAAGCCGGAGAACAUCCUCUUCGACGUGCCGUCGAGCACCAUCCGCCUCGCCGACUUCGGCGAGACGCGGUCGCUGCGAGCCCGGCCUCCGUUCACGGACUACGUGGGCACGCGGUGGUACCGCGCGCCGGAGUGCCUCCUGCGCUUCCGGGCCUACUCCUCGCCGGUGGACGUGUGGGCCGCGGGGCUGGUGCUGGCGGAGAUGCUGCGGGGCAGCGCGCUCUUCUGCGGCUCUUCGGCGAUAGACCAGUUGUACAAGGUGUUCCAGGUCCUCGGCAGCAGCGGCACGAGCGACUGGCCCGAGUUCCGCCAGCUGGCAGGCGAGAUGCGCUUCCGCCUGCCGGACGGCCAAGGCUGUGGCCUUGGCCGGUGCUUGCCGGGCUGCUCGCCGCUGGCGCAGGCGGCGGUGGGCGAGAUCCUGGUGCCGAACCCACGCCGGCGUCCUGCGGCCAAGAGGGCGCCCGCCGCGCCGUACUGCCCGGGCCUCGGCGCUCUGCUCGGUCCGGUGCCGCCCGGCGGGGCGUUGGGCCCCGUCUCGCCCGCGGCGUCGUCCGCGAUCCGCCCUCCGCCGGGGCUCCACCUGCUGCUCCCGGAGCCCCGCGGCCCCGCGGGCGGCGGCACCGCGGACCCCCGCGCCCGCCCCGCGCCCCGGGGUGGCCCCCGCGCGGCCGACGGCGGGGCGCCGAGGAGCUUCGGGGAGAACGCCGGCGGCAUGCCAGAGCAGCGCACGACGCUGCUCAUCCGGAACCUGCAGCGGCCGCUCAGAAGUGACCACACCGAAUACCCAGAUCUCGCGGCUCAUGAGUAA